CGCCGCCGCCGCUGCGCCGCUGCUGCUCGCCGUCCCCGUCCCCGCUGCAGUGCGAAGGGCUCGAAGAUGGCCGGUUGGCAGAGCUACGUGGAUAACCUGAUGUGCGAUGGCUGCUGCCAGGAGGCCGCCAUUGUCGGCUACUGCGACGCCAAAUACGUGUGGGCAGCCACGGCCGGGGGCGUCUUCCAGAGCAUCACGCCAGUAGAAAUAGAUAUGAUUGUAGGAAAAGACCGGGAAGGUUUCUUUACCAACGGUUUGACUCUUGGCGCAAAGAAGUGCUCCGUGAUCCGAGAUAGUCUCUAUGUGGACGGCGACUGCACGAUGGACAUCCGGACAAAGAGCCAAGGUGGAGAGCCGACAUACAACGUGGCUGUGGGCAGAGCCGGCCGAGUCUUGGUCUUUGUAAUGGGAAAAGAAGGGGUCCAUGGAGGCGGAUUGAAUAAGAAGGCAUACUCAAUGGCAAAAUACUUGAGAGACUCUGGGUUCUAGCUGCUAGGCAGACUGUUAAGUAUUAGGGGAAAAUUGCUCUUAAACUUUCCUAGCUGUAAGCUUAAGUCUUAAUUCUGGAAAUUUUAUUAGCAAUGCAGGGUGAUGGGGUAUGAACCUGUGUCUCCUUUGUAUCCCUCUGUUGGUGGGGAAAGGUGUUUUUCUUUCUGCCCUCCCCCUAAGUAAUUCUGUUCACUUCUGUUUUGUCUCCUUGUGUGCUCCAGCAUUGGUUAUAGUCAUGGGAAAGGAAGGUGUGCACGGAGGCACACUUAACAAGAAAGCAUAUGAACUCGCUUUAUACCUGAGGAGGUCUGAUGUGUAAGCAGCCUCUCCCCAUCUGCCUAGCAACCUUCUCUCUCCAUCAGCACCCAGUCAUGGGCACAGUGCUACCAGACCGUAGACGGUAGCUGGUUUAUUUUUACCUGUUUUCUGAUGUCACCACUCCUGUGUGCCCAAACGAUUGUUUGUAUGUCACCCUGUAUGUAACCAACCUUUAUCUGGCAACAUAACUGCAGCACAAUAAUGAUUUGCAUGAUACCUUGAAAUUGGGGGGAGGGGCAUGCCAAGUUGGGCAUCACUUUGUCUUAGCAAUUAAUGGGAAAUUGAUUACUAAAAUAGGUCACUAUGAAGCAAGGUGCCUGUUGUACAAUCUGAUUAGAUCCGUGUCCUUUCAGCACUUCGAGCAUUUACUCAGCUCACCUAGUCUUCCUUCGGUAGCGCACGGUUGGGAGGAGGAAGUGCGUGCAUCUUCACUUCACUGUUUUCAUCCCUGCCUCCCUCCCUCUUCCCCUCCCUCCCUCCCUUCCUCCCUCCACUGAGGGACUUGGCUUGCUUGUGUUCUCUUGUGCAGUGCCUGGUUUAUUUAACCCAAUUAAUCUCCCCCCCUUGACGAGCUAUUGAGAGCUGUGCACGUGAGACAGGCCUCCCGUAGUGUCCGCAGGACACAUGAAGAGCGCAGCUAUACAGUGAGCCAAAAGCGCUUCCUCCCUGACCCGCCCGUAACCAUGCUGAUCGGAUCCCCAGGGACAUGCCAUCAUUGCAAUAGCUCACAUUUUUGUUCUGCCUUUUUCUUUGCCCACCAGCUCUACUCAUUAGUAACAUUGUAAAAGGCUGCCAUUAUGGACAUAAGGUAUCCCAACAUAACCUUCUGGAGUGUGUCCAGUUUAUUCUUCAUAGGACCAAUUUUUAUUUGCAGCUUAGGUUUUUAUAUGAAGUUGCAUUAUUGUGGACUUGGCUGUCUUGUGAUGAAUUUUUUCAUAUGUAUUCUGUGCCAUACUAUUGUCAACUGAACUGUUGCUCUUGUGAGAUGGAUUUUAACUGACCUGUAAGGGUUUCUUUCGAAUGGCACUGCUCUAGGGACAUUCUAGUAUCUGCUUCUAUUGUUUGGGCGUUGUGGAUAAUGUACAGAUGGAAACAAAUCUUGUUGCUGAUUUGUCCAUUUCUUUCCCUGCACUUUGUUACAUCUGGGAUACAGUCUAACUCAUCUGAUUAAUAUGCAUUUAAAAAAAUGCCAUAACUAUUAAAACACCUUGUUUACAGACAGAUGAAAUAAAUUUAUUCCAACCAAA